AUGCAGGGCCGCUUGAACGAGACGGCACAGGACAUUGACCAGCAGUACGGCCUGCGCCGCAAGGUGCGCGCUGUUGUCGAGGACGUCAAGCGUUUGGCGCCUAUCUGGGCCCGCAGGACAAAGGAGUUUGGCGCCACCACGCAGGGCAAGGCAGCCUUCACGUUCCUUUUUGUGGGUUUGCUCCUGAGCGGCACCCUGUUCAAGCUGCUGAACCUCAUCUGGCUCGGCUGGUGGGUCAGCGUGCCGCUGUCCCUCUUCCUGGCGGAUCAGCAGAGGCGCAAGCAGCGCGAUGAGGCGCAGCAGCGGGCGAGCUGGGUGAAUAACGGCAGUGGCAGCGGCAAGCGGGGCAGCAGCAGCUGGGACCGGACGGGCCCGGUGGUGGAUGCGGAGUGGGUGUCCCUCGAUGAUGACGGGCGGCCUCGCAAAUGA